UUACUCGUAGUAGUGUGGGAAUAAUAAAUAUUAGCUAAUGAAUGGUACACAGCCUAACACAAGUCUAGUGCUUUUUCCAUCAUCUGAGUCUCAGUCUUUUCAUCUGAAAAUGAAGAUUAAAACCAAUGUCUAACUAUUGUGAUGAUUUAGUAGGAUGAUGCCUGCAAGGCGGUUGGCACGGAGCUUGACUCGCAAUAAGUUCAGUGAAUGGUGGGUAUAUGGAUCCAGGUACUUGCAGAGAUAGAGAUGUUGUCGCUGUACUCCAGGGCAUGUUGUGGCUGGGAACGGGCACUACCAGUAAGAGAUCUGUCUCUGAGUUACUUCUGUGGGCAGGGGAAAAACGCAAGCCUCCCAGAAAGAGGAAAGACAGGACCAGAGCGAGGUUUCAGGAGGACAGAUCUUGUCAGCAGCCUGUGGCCAGGGAUUCCUGUGUUGAACCAGCAAUCGAGGGGACUUUAGGACCCUGUGCCGGGUGCGCGCGCGGCGCCUGAGGUGAGGGGGAGGGCGCGGCUCCCGCACCAGCCUGGGGCAGCUUAGCGCCCCGCCGCAUCCCGGAGGGCGGGGCCCAGUCCCCGGGCCGCAGUGCGAUUGGCAGAGGUGAGCGGAUGACGCCAACGACUGGCGCGAGGCCCCGCCCCGCACGCCCCGCCCCCGCGCGCGCUGGCGGCAGGCAGCCUCACUCUGGCUCGCGCCGCGCCCCCGCGACGAGUCCGCGCAUCAGUCGGUCCCCAGCGCGGCUGCGGGGUGGCAAGCAGCAGCUAGCCGAGCGCGCCGACCGGAGGAGGCGGCGGAGUCCGCAGGCGUCGCGUGAGGAGGGUCGGAGCCCGGAGAGUCGCGCUGCGCCAUGGCCCCCAUUGGUCUCAAAGCCGUGGUCGGAGAGAAGAUCAUGCAUGAUGUGAUAAAGAAGGUCAAGAAGAAGGGGGAGUGGAAGGUGUUGGUGGUGGAUCAGUUAAGUAUGAGGAUGCUCUCUUCCUGCUGCAAGAUGACAGACAUCAUGACUGAGGGCAUAACAAUUGUGGAAGACAUCAACAAGCGCAGAGAACCACUUCCCAGCCUGGAGGCUGUAUAUCUCAUCACUCCCUCUGAGAAGUCUGUUCACUCUCUCAUCAAUGACUUUAAGGACCCACCAACUGCUAAAUAUCGGGCUGCACAUGUCUUCUUCACUGACUCUUGUCCAGAUGCCCUGUUUAAUGAGCUUGUAAAAUCUCGAGCCGCAAAAGUCAUCAAAACUCUGACGGAAAUCAACAUUGCAUUUCUUCCAUAUGAAUCCCAGGUGUAUUCUUUAGACUCUGCAGAUUCUUUCCAAAGUUUCUACAGUCCCCACAAGGCUCAGAUGAAGAACCCCAUAUUGGAGCGUCUAGCAGAGCAGAUUGCAACUCUGUGUGCCACCCUGAAGGAGUACCCUGCAGUGCGGUACCGGGGGGAAUACAAGGACAAUGCCUUGCUGGCUCAGCUAAUUCAGGACAAGCUUGACGCCUAUAAAGCUGAUGACCCAACAAUGGGGGAGGGCCCAGACAAGGCGCGCUCUCAGCUCCUCAUCUUGGACCGAGGCUUUGACCCCAGCUCUCCUGUGCUUCAUGAGUUGACUUUUCAGGCUAUGAGUUACGAUUUGCUGCCUAUUGAAAAUGAUGUAUACAAGUACGAGACAAGCGGCAUUGGAGAGGCACGGGUGAAGGAGGUGCUUCUGGACGAGGAUGACGACCUGUGGAUGGCACUGCGCCACAAGCACAUUGCGGAGGUGUCCCAGGAAGUCACCCGGUCUCUGAAAGAUUUUUCUUCUAGCAAGAGAAUGAAUACUGGAGACAAGACCACCAUGCGAGACCUGUCCCAGAUGCUGAAGAAGAUGCCCCAGUACCAGAAAGAGCUCAGCAAGUACUCCACCCACCUGCACCUUGCUGAGGACUGUAUGAAGCAUUACCAAGGCACCGUAGACAAGCUCUGCCGCGUGGAGCAGGACCUGGCCAUGGGCACAGAUGCUGAGGGAGAGAAGAUUAAAGACCCCAUGCGAGCCAUCGUCCCCAUUCUGCUGGAUGCCAAUGUCAGCACUUAUGACAAAAUCCGCAUCAUUCUUCUCUACAUCUUUUUAAAGAAUGGCAUCACCGAGGAAAACCUGAACAAGCUGAUCCAGCAUGCCCAGAUCCCCCCCGAGGACAGCGAGAUCAUCACCAACAUGGCUCACCUCGGCGUGCCCAUUGUCACAGACUCCACACUGCGUCGCCGAAGCAAGCCAGAACGAAAGGAGCGCAUCAGUGAGCAGACCUACCAGCUGUCACGGUGGACCCCCAUCAUUAAGGACAUCAUGGAGGACACUAUUGAGGACAAACUUGACACCAAGCACUACCCUUACAUCUCCACCCGCUCCUCUGCCUCUUUUAGCACUACUGCUGUCAGCGCUCGCUAUGGGCACUGGCAUAAGAAUAAGGCCCCAGGGGAGUACCGCAGUGGCCCCCGCCUCAUCAUUUUCAUUCUUGGGGGCGUAAGCCUGAACGAGAUGCGCUGCGCUUACGAGGUGACCCAAGCCAACGGAAAGUGGGAGGUGCUGAUAGGUUCUACUCAUAUUCUUACUCCCACCAAAUUUCUCAUGGACCUGAGACACCCCGACUUCAGGGAGUCCUCUAGGGUAUCUUUUGAGGAUCAGGCUCCAACAAUGGAGUGAGAGCCAAAGAAACAAAGAUCCACGCACAUUCUCACCCCACAGAAACUGCUGGACACUCUGAAGAAACUGAAUAAAACAGAUGAAGAAAUAAGCACUUAAAAAAAAUAAGACACCCCUCCAAACACACCCCUCUUCCUGCAGUGCUCUGCAGCUCCCUACCGCCCUGCCCUGGGUUACUUUGCUGACUUUCUCUCUGUUGCCUCCCCAGCCCUGCACGUCCUGGCCAGCACUGUCAUGGCUGCAUUCUCCUGUUUAAUGAUGCCCUCUUCUAGUUUGAAAGAAACAAACAAAAAUAAGCAUUGUGUUUUUAAAAAGAGUAUCUUAUAUAUGUAUCCUAAAAGAGAGGUUCAUGCGCAGAUGACGCACUGCAGGAGUUUUGAACUGUUCAGAAAGAAUGGACACCUUGUCCCCCUUAUUUAUGAUUCUGUGACCUUGUACAUAGCCCUGUGCAUCAUGUGCAUAUUGCUUGAGUACAGAAAGGUAGAAGUUUGGGUGAUUUUAAAAACCGCUUUUGGGUUGUUCCUGUUCUCGUCGGGGAUCAUAGAGAUGCCUGUGUUGUUGGGAGUGUUUCACUCUGAGGAUUGAUCUGUUACCUUCACUCCAGUUCCUGCCCCCAAGUCCCUGCUCUUGCCCAGAUGAUUAGGGGACAUCUCAUGAGAGUUGAAGAGGGACAAGGCCCCUUUCCUUUGCCCAGUGGCAUGACCCAGGUGAUGCAGCUGUGAGUAGGGCUAGGGUGUCCUUGCAAAGCCAGGCUGGUGUCUUCUUCUUCACAGUCUGUCCCUGCUUCCUCCCUUGCAUAUCUCCACAGUACUGGGAUCCCAAGGGAAGACCUUCUCCACUCAGUGUCACAGUGCCCAAAUAAAAAGCAAACUCCCACUGGAGACCUUUGUCUCUUCUGGAGAAUCAUUUAGGCCUGACUUGUUGACCAGAGCCCUCCAUCCCCAGGUGUUACUCUUAACAGCUCAGUUUCCUUAGCAGGGUCAACCUUAGUUCAAGGGUCAGGAAUGGACUAGGACAGAUGUGUCUGGAAGCCCCUGGUCAGAGGGCCGCUGGCUGAGAAGAAGGUUGAUGGCCUGAGAAUAGCCUGUUGGAUGGUCUGUUGGGGCACAGACCCUAUGCCCCCUUCACAAGUAACUUUUGUCAUAUUCUCCUUAGUUUAAGAUACUUUCAUAAUACUUUAUUUGGUGUAGUGUGGGGUCAUAUGUCAUCAUGCUUGUAGGAGAAAAUUAUUUUAUUGUCUGUAUAAAAACUUAGCUCUAAUGCAGAAAUUAAACAAAUGCAAGGAUGUCUCAUCCUCAAGACUCAGCAGUUCUCAUUCUCCAGUGGUGAAUACACCAUUUGUUCUGCUGCUGUUGUCAUGAAAUAUAAUGACAGUGGAAGUCACAAAAAAUGUCCCCUGCCCAGUUCCUUGCCACCCAUGGCCUCCCGCAGCCUGUGUGUAUAUUACUUGUCUCGUGCUGUGUUGCAAACGUGGUGUGUGCCCGCUCUGCGCUGCCGCCUCCCUCUCAGAGUCUGUUUCCUGCCUUACCGUUAGCUGCAUCGUAGUGUUCUCAAGGCUUUGAAAUCUCCCCUUUGCACUCAGAUGAGUUUUCAGGUCUCUCCCUGUGUCCUCCUUCCUAAGAUAUCUUACUUCUGUAGGACACAGCUGUAGGCGCUUGCAUCGGUUUGUUCCUUUCUCCUGCUGCUUGUUUGUUCCUCCCUCAGACCAAACAGUGCUCAUGCUUCGGGACGUUGUUUGUCCAACAUGUUGAUUUCCUUUUCUCUGUUAUUUAUAUAAAAAAUAAUUUAUCAAAAGAAUAUUUUAAAAAAAGCUAGUCUGUCUUGAAACUUGUUUACCUUGAAAUUAUCGGAAUCUCAGUGUUUGAAAGUAUUGAAGCACAAACAUGUAUCAUCUCUGUAUUGUUCUGUACUAAAGCACUUGAGUCUAAUAAAGAAAUCAGUGCCCCUUCAUGGUCCA